UCAUUCUCUGAGGUUGAUGGCCGAGUGGUAUUCGAAUCUGCCACGGGGGAUCCGGUUCAGUCCGACGGACGAGGAACUCAUCGACUACUUGAGGCCAAAGAUCACUGGGAAUGAUGAGAACUUUGACUUUAUUACCGAACUUCAUUUCUUCAAAUGGGAGCCCUGGGAUUUGCCAGAUUUAUCCGGCAUACAGACAAAAGAUCUAGAGUGGUGCUUCCUCUCGCCACAGGACCGGAAGAACUCGAAUGGGAAUCGAUUGAACAGGGCAACCAGAGCUGGGUACUGGAAAGUGACUGGUAAGGAUCAAAAAAUCUGGUCUGGAGAGAGGUUGAUUGGAAUAAAAAAGAUACUGGUUUUCUAUGAGGGGCGCACUCCAAAUGGGAAAAAAACUGAGUGGGUAAUGCAUGAGUACCACGCAAUCAUGAAGGGGCUUGAUGGCACCGAUCCCGAUGGCGAUCAGAAAAUCUUUGUUCUGUGUCGUUUAUUCAAGAGAACUAACAAUGGUGGCAAUGGUCGAAAGCGAAAGCACUCUACCGAAGCUGGACCUGCCAAGUCUAAACGAAGGGCGGCUUCGGAAUCUUCAGCACUGGAAGUGCAAGCUGAAGAUCAUCCAACAACUAACGAAUCUCCUCAUUCUGAAAAUUCUGAUGAAGAACUAAAUAGGCUCUUAGACAUGCUGCAAGAUCCACCAGAUUGCACCCUUUCACUCCCCAAUACACCUACCUUUUCAUCUCCUCCUACAGCUAAAUCUUCUUUUGAAAAAGCAGAGUCUGAGCCAGCGCUGGCUUCAGUAUCUCCAGCAUUAGGAGAGGAAGCUGGUAAUCAUCUCACAGGAUUUUACUCUGGUGGAAUGACAUCUAACACUGUAGCUCCCACAAACAAUUCUCAAGGGGCCGAAGCAACAGCUGGUAAUCAGGUGGGAGACUCCAAUAUGUGCUGUGCCCCGCCAGAGCUACCAGUUGCUGAUAUAGAUUGGAACUCGCUCUUCUUCUCCCCAUCAUACUCGCAGAUGCAAAAAGUAGUGGUGGAUGCUAUUUGCAUGUCUGACCUUGACGCUGAUGAACCAAACUACGUUCAUGAUGCGGUGCCUUCGCAAUAUGGCACAAAUAAUCCAGCCACCUAUAACUCUGAGUUAUGGGGUCUGAUGCCCAAUAAUCCAGAUGAGUCCCUUGGUAACGAUCCUAGCAGUCAAAUCGCUUUUGGCUAUGAGACCAUGAAAAACAUGGAAUCUGUAAUGGACGACGUAUUACGCAGUACAGUGAAUGCAAAAAUGCUCAAUGCACUGAAGUUUGAUCCACCUGUUCUCCUGAAGAAGCAGAGUCUGAACAAAUGUUCUCCUGAAGAAGUAGAGUCUGAACAAACCCAGGUAACAAUUGACAGUACUACAGCACCUGUUGAGUGUGGUGACAUCAAUUUUAAUGCUUCCGCUGCACAGAAUCAAGUGACAGAUACUGAGCUUGAUCAGCAAUUGCAGGAAGAAUUGAAAAUGGUCUCUGACCUGCUGGAAAUCCCACUAGAUUGGAACCACAAUACACCUGCCGUUCAAUCAUAUGACAGCAAUUUUGAUGCUUACUCUGCAGAGAAUCAUAUGACAGAUGAGGAAGCACUAAAUAUGCUCUUAGACCUGGAUUGCAACCCUUCACUCCCCAAUACACCUACCGUUUGAGUAUCUCCAGCAUUAGGAGAGGAAGCUUUUAGUGUUUGGUAGUUAUGUUUUUUUUUUUUCUUAAAU